AUGUCAGCAAUUGGCCCCUUUGCGGAGCCUGUACCGGGAUGCAAGCCCGCGGCUCCCCCGGCGUUGACCGCAGACCAACAGUCCAAGUACGACCAGCUACUCGCCGACAUCCGAUCAUGGGACUCCAUUCCCACCACCUCUGCAAAGGGAGCCGAAUCGACAACCCUGACUGAUGAGGAGCGCAUGUGGCUCACACGUGAAUGCUUAUUACGAUAUCUUCGUGCCACCAAAUGGAAUCUUGCACAGGCCGCAGACCGUCUCCGCUCGACAUUAAUCUGGCGUCGUGAAUUCGGUACUGAUCGCUUCACCGCCGACUACAUAUCUGAAGAGAAUGCGACCGGCAAACAGGUUCUGCUUGGGUUCGACAAUGAAGGUCGCCCAUGCCUUUACUUACUUCCUCAAAACCAAAAUACCAAGGAGACCCCGAAGCGGGUGGAGCAUCUUGUAUAUAUGCUGGAACGAACUAUCGACCUCCACCCUCCUGGCCAGGAGAGCCUUGCCCUCUUGAUCGACUUCAGGAAUACUGGCGCAGGAGGACAACCUAGCCUAGGUAUGGCUAAACAGUGCCUCAACAUCCUGCAAAACCAUUACCCUGAGCGGCUUGGUAGGGCUUUGCUUACCCACUUGCCUUGGUAUGUCAAUGCCUUCCUCAAACUCAUCAAUCCAUUCAUCGACCCCGUCACGAAGACCAAGAUCAAGCCUAAUGAGCCUUUGCCCAACCAUGUACCCACCUCGCAGCUUAUGAAGGUAUCUGGUGGUGAGGUAGACUUCAAAUACGACCAUUCUGUGUAUUGGCCAGCUCUCGAGAAGAUGACCGAGGAGAGGAGACAACAGCGAAAGGAGAGAUGGGAGAAGGCAGGGAAGCUCAUUGGAGAAAGCGAGAUCUACCUUUGGGGUGGUGAAGAGGGCAGUGUAGGAAGCAGUGAACAGGUCCCGCUCAAUGAUGGCCAGGCGGAGAUGGUAAACAAGGUUGACGCUGAUGCUCCUCCAGCCAACAACGUCGCACAGCCCGAAGUCAGAGACGGCGAGGCUGUCUCGGCUGCCACCUGA